AAUAAUCCUUAAUCCUCAAUCUGUUUAUUCCAGAUAGCGCAACUUACGUAGGCAACAUACUGAAGAUUAAGUCGGUCAAAAAGGAGGAUCGUGGCACUUACUAUUGCGUUGCCGACAACGGUGUGAGCAAGGGUGACCGUCGCAACAUCAAUGUGGAAGUCGAAUUCGCACCUGUCAUUACUGUGCCACGGCCACGUUUGGGACAAGCUCUCCAAUAUGACAUGGAUUUGGAAUGUCACAUCGAAGCUUAUCCACCACCGGCCAUUGUCUGGCUAAAGGAUGACAUUCAACUCUCGAACAACCAGCACUACAGCAUCUCUCACUUUGCUACCGCCGACGAGUACUCCGACUCCACAUUGCGUGUUAUCACCAUUGAGAAACGUCAAUAUGGCGACUAUGUUUGCAAGGCCGUAAACAAACUGGGACAGGCCGAGGCGCGCGUCAAUCUCUUCGAAACGGUGAUCCCGGUGUGUCCACCAGCUUGCGGGCAGGCAUAUUACGGCGGCGCUGAACAUUUGGCGGCCACCACAUUUGUAUUUUUAACCAUGGUCGGAGCGGCGCUCUUUGCAAGAUAAACGCAUCAACUUUGAAUUUGUUUAAUACACACCUACAUACGUAUGUACAUACCAAGUGGGCGUGUUCGAAGAGCAGGACGCAGCUUACAAAAAAAAAAAAACAAAAAACGAUAAGCGAUGAAAGACGAGUAGCAAGCUGGCUAUGCCGCAAAUAAAACACUAUCGAAAUACAAGCAUACACACAUUAUAUAUACAUGCAUAUAGUUAAAAGAAAGUCGAAUAUUGUAAUAUUUUAAAUUAAAAAUUAAAAAGUGAAAAGCCAACAUCAAUGGACUUAAAGCCAAACCGAAAUCGAAUCAAAAAGCACACGCGUUUCUGUUAUCAGCGAAGCGAAAAACAACUACAACAAACAUUCCAGGAGUCUUAAGGCCGCGUCGUAUGGUAGUGACCCUUUUACUUUUAACUUUAAUUUAAUUAUCGUCUCAAAUAUUCCACAGCCUUUUCGUUUUGUUUUCUUUGUCGAACUAAGUAAGUAAUUUGUUGUAAAGUUGCUAUAAAGAAGACGUCCAUUUUAGUUAAGUGCUCAAUGAUUUAUUUCUGUGUUGUUUAAUUUUAUUUUAUCUCAUUUUAUUUUGUAAUGAAACUAUGUACAUACAUACAUAAGUACAUGUGUACAUGCCUACAUAAAAGAGCGUGCUGGAAAGAAAAGCGUCUACAGCCAACGCAUGUAAGUAUGUAUGUGCAUAUGUAUGUAAAAUUGGCAUUUGUUUCAAGAAGGUAUGGAUAAUACUCUAAAACUCUCCAUAUUCACAAAUAUUUUGUUGUAUGUCGGUACAUCGCCACCAAAACCCCGUCCACAACUAUGAAACAUCUCGAUUAUUUCAAAGCUGUCGAAAACAUCACUCAAUGGUCCUUCCUACAAUUAGCAUCACAAUCGGACUUGAGUUGCAUAAUUCAGUAUAUUCAAAUAUGUAUACACAUAUGUACAUAUGUAUAAUACAUAAGUCAAAAUUUUUCUGAAUUAUCCAUUUCUAAAUGUCUAUUAAUUCACAGGCAAAAUUAUAAAAUAAUUUCAAUGGAACAUGUGUUCUUAAGUGCGAAAACAAAAAGUAUAAAAUUUAAUUAAAGCAUGUAAUUUAUAAGAAUAUAAAAGAUGAAAAAGUUGAGUAACAUUUUUAUAUAAUAUAUUCUGUCAUACCGCUCUGUUAAUCAUAAGUUUUUUAUAAGUAAAACGAAUAAGUUCUUAUAUUAAAUACAUUGUAUGUGAAUAACAUUUAUGUAUGUAUGUGACUACGGACCCAUUUCAUAUCGGGUGUAAAUAAAAAGUAAACAAAUUAACUUACAUUUAGAAGGUAUAACAAUUCAAUUAUAAACGAUAAACGAAUGUAAUAAUAAUGUGUGACAAACCAAUAGAAUAAACAGAAUUAAUUAAAAAUGUA